AUGGACUUACCUUUAACAGACAGGCAAUGUGUUUUUACACGGGAAUCUAAGGAAGUAUUUGAAUUUGUGAGCAAGCUGAUUUCCCAGGCUAAGAGGAAGGCAUCAGGUCUUUCACUGGAUCCGAUUUAUAGAUGCUUGAACAGAACCAUCUUAUUCCAAUUAUCUCGCACCAUUGAUAAUGUUGCUGCUCAGGCCAGUGUCUUGGAGGCUCUUCAUAAAUUAACCAACAACAGAAGUCUGGUGUUUGGACCUGGUAAUUAUGAUCAAGAAUUCCUUGGCUGCCUCAGCUAUUGUCUACUACAGCUGACUGAUGACCCUGGCCGAAGUGGGACCAAUUUAAAUGAAUCUCGUCCACGAGCAACUACCUGGCACGUUGAUACCCAACUCCUAGACGGGGACAUGUGUCCUGUGAAUCAUCUUACAAAAAGUGCCAGUUUGCAUGAAGGGCUUUAUCUUGUGGCAUCUGCUGCCAAAAGGGUUUGGGAAGAACUUUAUGUCUGCAAGAAACCAGCUUUGGAGGAAAUAUUUCGGACCCAGUUAAAUAAUAUAGAUCUUUCUGAUUCCUCUAAGAUCACAACACCAGAUCUCAUAACCGUCAGACCACUCAUUCAAGAAUCUGCUUCCAAAAUUUGGGUUACCUAUGCUGAAUCCGAACGCCGUUCUGUCUUUAUGCAUACAGAUCGUCUACAGACUCAAAUCCAAUCUAAACUUCAAAAAGUCAGCAGUGGUGUUUUACGAUUGGCUUCCAGAAAGACUAAAAAAGAUCUUCCUCUGAAGUCUUCACCUGCCACAACAGUUCAUUCCAGUGAUUUUUUCAUGUGGACAAUGAGUCAUGUUUCUAUCGUGAAAGAUUUGGUUGAAUUCCAAUUCAAGCAGUACCUCCAAAGCAAUGAACAUAUGGAGAAGUAUCUUCUGGAAGAAUGGACACAGACAGAGAAUGAACUUCUUCGAGAACGUGGCCUCUGGGGACCUUUAACUGGGUCCAGAUUAGACAAAUGGAUGCUUGACAUGACAGAAGGUCCAUGCCGCAUGAGGAAGAAAUUGAUGAGGAAUGACAUGUUCUAUAUCCACUAUCCUUACCGACCCAAUAUGGAUUCCAGUAAGCCUCUGAAAUACAAGGUGGCCAUCAGUCGAGACAGCCGUGAUUGGUUCAAGAGAUAUCGUUCUCAGAGCUUCCUGUGUGAUGAUGAACUUCCCAUCCAAACUGAUGAAAUGGACUUUUUCAUGGCUGAAGUGGAUUCAGUGGAUCAGAAUUCUGAAGUGAUAAUGAACAUCCCCAAGCUGUUACCACGGCGACAGACCAGUGUCUUACGAAGUAUUGAGAAUGAGGAUGAUGCUGAUGAUCCUGGUGGUAGCACGGAGCCAAGCACAGAUGUGGACAAAACAGAUGGCCAACAAGAUAGUCAAGGCGAGAGCAAAGCUUCCAAUCAAGCCAUCUUACGACUUCUGGGCGACGGAGAAAAGAUCACCCACAUGUUUCGAUGUGCCCGCAUUCAAGGCUUGGACACAGCUGAAGGACUAUUACUUUUUGGCAAAGAACAUUUCUAUGUUAUUGAUGGCUUCACUUUACUGAAAAGCAAAGAAAUCAAAGACAUUGACAGCUUACCACCAGAAUUUCAUGAACCUAUUAUUCCCCGGACAUCAAAAAGUAGCGGCAGCUGCCAAAAAAGAAUCUGCAGUAAAUUCUCCUAUGAUGACAUCCGGGAAGUGCACAAGAGACGCUAUCUGCUGCAGCCAAUUGCAGUGGAAGUUUUCUCUGCAGACGGACGUAAUUAUCUGCUGGCUUUCCCUCGAAAAGUUCGCAACAAAGUUUACGCAAAGUUUUUGUCUGUUGCUACAGCAAUAACAGACAAUGCCCAGCAAUCUGUAUCAGGGCAAAAGCAAAAUGCCAAGAUCGAAUCCAGUGCUGGAAUUAUCAGCAGCCUAAUGGGUGAAAAAUCAGUGACCCAACGAUGGGAGAGAGGGGAGAUUAACAACUUCCAGUAUUUGAUGCAUCUCAACACAUUGGCUGGUCGUUCAUACAAUGAUUUGAUGCAAUACCCUGUAUUUCCAUGGAUUCUUACUGAUUAUGAUUGCGAGGUUUGGGAGACACCACCAUAUCAUUAUGGUACCCAUUACUCCUCUGCCAUGAUUGUUGCAUCAUACCUUGAACGCAUGGAACCCUUCACUCAACAUUUCCUCAAAUUGCAGGGUGGACAUUUUGAUCUUGCUGACCGAAUGUUCCACAGUGUCAAAGAAUGUUGGCUUUCUGCGUCCAAGCACAACAUGGCCGAUGUGAAGGAACUAAUUCCAGAAUUUUUUUAUUUGCCAGACUUUCUGGUAAAUGCUAACAACUUCGAUCUCGGUAGUAAACAAAAUGGCGUGAUGUUGGGCGAUGUGAUUCUGCCUGCUUGGUCAAAACAAGACGCACAGGAAUUUAUCAGAGUUCACCGAGAGAUUUCAAUCAAUUUAAAUGCAAGUAAAAUUAUAAAUAACUUUUCUUUCUCUCACUCACUCUCUUUCUUUCUUUCUCUCCCUCACUCACUCUUUCUUUCUCUCUCUCACUCACUCUUUCUUUCUCUCUCUCACUCACUCUUUCUUUCUCUCUCUCACUCUUUCUUUCUCUCACUCCCUCUUUCUUCUCUUCUCUUUCUCUCUUUCUCUCUCUCCUUUUUUCUUUCUCUCUCUCCUCCUCUUUCUUUCUUCUCUCUCACUCCUCUUUUUUUUUCUCUCUCCUCCUCUUUCUUUCUCUCUCACUCACUUUUCUUUCUCUCUCCUCACUCUUUCUUUUCUCUCUCUCCUCCUUUUUCUUUCUCUCUCUCCUCCUCUUUCUUUUCUCACCUUUUCAAAAAUUCUCUCUCCUCCUCUCUCUCACUCACUCUUUCUUUCUCACUCUUUCAUUCUCACGCUCUCUCUUUCUCUUAUUCUCUCUUUCUCUUAUUCUCUCUUUCUCUUAUUCUCUCUUUCUCUUAUUCUCUCUUUCUCUUAUUCUCACUCACUCUCUCUCACUCUAGGCCCUAG